AUGAUUACAGUUCCAAUACUCGAAACAACCACUACUACAACCACCACCACAACCACAACUUCAACCACAACAACAACUCCAAUAAUUUACGGAUGUCCUGAUUCAACAUGGACAGUUAUUGAUCGAACCGAUUAUUCUUGGUGCGCUUAUAUUUUGAAUGGACCUUAUUUGAUGCGAGAUUACGAAGCAGAAUGUGCAAAUAUCCAUGCAAAUGCAGUUGUUUGGGGAAUUCAAGAUGCAGCCGAACUUCAAACAGUCCUAACAUUAAUUCGAGCUGUUGAAACCGUAUCUCCCAGUAAAGUAUGCUUGGGAGCUUUAAGAACAUCAGAUUGUGAUAUGGCGUAUGGACUUACCCCAACUUGCACAACUUUAACUAGUUAUGCUUGGGAAGAUGAUCAUACAACUGGAACAGAUGGUUUUAUUUGGGCUCCUGGAAAACCGGAAAAUCCAUUCUUGUAUUCUGGAUAUCCAUACACAUAUAUGUAUGUUGAUUCUGGUACUGGUGAAAUGGAAGAUUAUUAUAGUGGUUGGGAUGGAGACGCAGGGCUUUGUGGAAUGCUGCCAAUUCAGCUGAAUUGA